AUGCCUGUGGCAAAAGACAAUCAAUUUUGGGAUGCUUUGAUGGAGAAUAAAGUUGCGAAGAAGUUGAUUAAGAAGCACAAAUGUAAGGGUAAAUGUGAGAAUAUUGAUGAAUUGGCUCAACGAUACGAAGUAUCGAAACAGGAAGUUGAGAAAGUUUUCAAAAUAUUCCAACUGAUGGAUGACGAUGGAUCUGGAACAAUUUCUUCAUCUGAAGUUGCCAAAAUGCUCAAUGAACUUGGUAUUGAUGUUUCUCCAAAAGUUGUUCAAGCUGUGAUGAGAAGUAGUGAUGUUAGUGGAGAUGGUCAAAUUGAUUUUGAAGAGUUUCUCGCUGCUGUCACUUCAAAAAUCAAGCUGAGCACUGUGAAAGCCGAUGUUCAACUGAUGCUCUCCAAGAUUGAUCACAAUCCAGAGAAAGUGAUUUCUGCCGAAGAACUUGUCGUAGCUUGGAGUGAGACCGUCUCUACUAAUAUUACUGUCAAAGAAGCAUGUGCUCUCAUUCAGCAAGCAGAUACCCAAGGACGCGGAAAGGCAACAAUUCAUGAAUUUAUCACAAUGUGUCAGACUGUAUAA